GUCAGAGUCAGCAUGGAAAGGUAUAGCUGGUCGUUCUUUUGGGACAAUAUAUAAUGAGGAAUUCUGGAAGAGGAAGGAGGAAGAAUAUAAGAGAUCAGAAAGAAAUAUUCUGUCACCCAUAUCUAAUGAGAAAUUAUGGAAGAAGAAGGAGGAAGAACUCAAAGAGAGUGGACAAAGUUAAAGAAGUUGCUUCCCGACCAGAAUCAAGAUAACAAAGGUGUGGGGCACACAGAACCAUUUACAGAUGAAGAGAAAAAGGUAAGUUUGAGAUCGCUAUUUGAGCAGUCAUAUGUUAGCAAAAAACCAUAUACGGAUAAAGACACAAAGCACAUUCCUUUUCAUGGCCUUGAGGCGAAGGUAAACAAGUUGCUCCCAACCAGAAUCAAGAUAACGAAGAUGCGCGGCACACAGAACCAUAUACAGAUGAAGAAGAAAAUCUAUUUUUUUCUGGAAUAUAUUAUCACAUCAGCCAUGGGAAAUUUUUUCAUGCACGACCUAUCACUAAAAGCAUUUGAUUUUCUAACCUAUUGUCUAUGUUACUUUGAGAUCGCUACUCGAGCACUCGCAUGUUACCGCUGAACCAUAUACAGAUGAUGAAUCAAAGGUAUUUUGCUUCUUGAAUAUAUG